AUGGAGAGUAAAAUGGAAAAGAGGGAAACGUGGAUGAAGAAAAGGGAAUAUAUUCUGGCAGUAGCAGGGAAUGUUGUGGGCCUGGGCAACGUGUGGAGAUUCCCAUACCUGUGCUAUAAGAAUGGAGGAGGUGUCUUCCUGUUUCCUUAUCUCAUCUUUGCUGUGCUGUGUGGUUUGCCACUCUUCCUGCUGGAGACUGUGAUUGGUCAGUACACACAGGAGGGCGCCAUCACCUGCUGGACCAAGAUCUGCCCACUUGCAAAGGGAAUUGGCUAUUCUAUCAACGUGAUCCAGGUGUAUGGCACCAUCUACAUCCUUAUCCUGGCCUGGGCCCUCCUCUACCUUAUCUCCUCUUUCAGAGGUACACUGCCCUGGGCUACCUGCAGCAAUCCCUGGAACACAGACAGAUGUGUGGAACUCACAUCUGCAAACUGGACUGCACUACACAAUGGCAACCUGACAGCAAACUGGACAUCUGGAAAUCUCACCAAGUCUUCAGUCUCUGAGUUCUGGGAGAGAGGAGUGUUGUCCAUGUCUGGGGGAAUAGACGAGAUUGGCACAGUGAAAUGGGAGCUCCUGUUGUGUCUCCUGGCCUGCUGGGUGGCCUGCUACUUCUGCAUCUGGAAAGGUGUCCGCUCCACAGGAAAGGCGGUGUAUGUCACGGCAGUGUUCCCCUAUGUAAUGUUGGUCAUUCUGCUGGUCAGGGGCUUGACACUGCCAGGGGCCUGGCAGGGUGUGGUCUAUUACCUUUAUCCAGAACCUUCUCGUCUGGCAGACCUUCAGUGAAUUAAUUUAGUCUGUUGUACUCAGGUCCUCUUCUCCUAUGGUGUUGGAGCAGGGACACUAACCACACUGGGCAGCUACAAUAAAUUCAAGAACAACUGUUACAGGGACAGUCUGUGGUUGUGUCUGCUGAACAGUUGCACCAGCUUCAUUGCUGGGUUUGCUGUCUUCUCUGCUCUGGGCUUUAUGGCUCAGGCUCAGGGAAUUCCCAUCAACAUGGUUGUUGAUUCAGGCAAGGGGCUGGCGUUCAUUGCAUUUCCUCAGGCUGCAGCCAUGAUGCCCCUGCCUCAGUUGUGGGCUGCCUGCUUCUUCAUCAUGCUCAUUCUGUUGGGUCUGGACACAACGUUUACAGGUUUGGAAACAAUAACAUCAUCAGUGAUUGACUUGUUCCCAGAGACGAUGCGCAGACCCUGGCGUAGAGAAAUCUUACUCCUCCUCCUCUGCUCUGUCUGCUUCAUCUUGCAUAUCCUUCUCACCACUCAGGGAGGAAUCUAUCUGUUCCAGCUGAUUGAUUACUAUGGUGCUAGUGGAGCAUGUAUAACCUGUGUGUCUCUGGUCCAGUGUGUAGCUGUUGGGUGGGUCUUUGGUGCUGAGCGGAUGUGUGAUGCAGUUGAGGAGAUGACAGGACAGAGGCCGUGGCUUCUUUUCAAACUGUGUUGGUGUUACUUUACACCACUGAUCUGCAUGGUUGGCUUCAUCGGCUCCUUUGUGGACUAUCAGCCCCUGACAUUUGGGAACUAUGUGUAUCCAGACUGGUCCUACUAUCUGGGCUGGGCCAUAGCCCUCUCCUCUAUAAUUGUUAUACCCAUCUGGGCUAUUGGCAAGAUCUGCCUCACCAAGGGCUCCCUCAGACAUCGUCUGUUGGUCCUGUGUCAUCCUGAUAAUGACCAUCGCAAGUUCCACAACUGGUCUCGAUCUCCCAAUCAGCAGCCUUACAAGAUCCCCGGCCUUCUCUUCACUUAUCAUCAGAUUGUUCAGUCACCUCAGUGGAUCGCCAGAGCCAACCCUUAUCUCCAUCUCACAGGAUCACCUGCUCAGUCUCAGCCAGCCACCAGCUUCAACAUCAGAAAGAAGGAACAUGAAAAGAUUGAGAGGUACCAAGGGUUGAAAGAACAGCUGGAAGAAAUGUGGAAGGUCAAGACUAAUGUGAUCCCCGUGGUAAUAGGAGCACUGGGGGCUGUGCCCCCCAAACUGGGAGAGUGGCUCCAACAGAUUCCAGGAUCAACAUCUGAUGCCUUAAUCCAGAAGAGCGCAGUCCUAGGAACAGCUAAAAUACUGCGCAGAACCCUCAAACUCCCAGACCUCUGCUAG